AUGGUUUCCGCUGUCAAGGCUCUGGGGGUGGUGAUGGCGGGCCAGCAGUGCCAGGCCCCGCGGAUUUUUGGAGCGCCUUUCGCCCCAGCAUGCUUGGAGAAAGCAGUUCCAGGCACCGGCAAAGAAAAGAAGAAAGUGAAUUGCAAGCCUAAGAAUCAGGAUGAACAGGAAAUUCCUUUCCGGCUGCGAGAGAUCAUGAAGAGCCGUGAAGAGAUGAGAAAAUCCCUCAGUUUCAAGAAGAGGAAGAAGGAGGCCCAGGUGGCCUUCAGGAACACUCUGGAGAAGGAAGCAAAGGGAUUAGAGCCUGAUAUCAUGGUUCCCAAGUUCAAGCAGGGGAAGGGAGAGUCCGAUGGGGCUUACAUCCAGCGCAUGGAGCAGGAGACCCAGCACGUGCUGUUCCUCAGCAAGAACCAGACCAGCCGGCAGCCGGAGGUUCAGGAAGCUCGCAAGAAGGAGAAAUCUGAGCGGAAAAAAGCGUUCCAGAAACGGCGACUGGAUAAAGCCCAGCAGAAAAAGAAGGAGAAGGCAGUGGACAGGCUAGAGCAGGAGCUAUUGAGAGACACAGUAAAGUUUGGAGAGGUGGUCCUGCAGCCCCCAGAGCUGACUGCCCAGCCCAGGAGCAGCACGAGCAGAAACCAGCCUGGCAGGAAAUCGCUGAUGCUGAAGAUGCUUUUGAGCCCUGGCGCUGUAUCCCGGCAGCCUCAGGCCACCUCACUGGCCCGGCAGCGGAUUGUGGAGGAGGAGCGGAAGCGGGCUGUGCAGGCCUACCAGGCCCUGAAGAAACUACAACAGCAGCAGGGGGUGCCACCACCACAGCUGCGGGGCCACACUUCCCAGAGGAAGCCUGAGGCACAUCUGUGAUGGAGACUGAGGAGCCUGGUAUCCUGGGAAACUGACUGGGGCUUGCCAUACCUGAGCCAAGGAGAGAUGCAGAUGCAGAUCCUUUUCCUGGAUAGAGGCCACACACCAACUCAGUGUGGAGCCUCCAGAUCUUUCCUCGUUUGUUCCCCCUGCAGACUGUCCCUUCCCAGUGACCACUCAGGGGCCUGUGUCUCACACAGGGCUACUCCCCCAUAGAUUGGAACCAGUGUCUUGCUUCUGAGCCUAACUUCAUUCUGCAGCAGAAAAGUCCAGGCUCAGGGAACCAAGGGCCACCUUAAGAAGAACUGAGUCCUAAAAUCCGGACUCUGAACACCAGUUAAUUAUUGAGACUGUUGCUAUAGCUCAGGUCAGCAUUAAGAGGCUCCCUCAGGCUUAACACAAGCAGGGCCAGGCAGGGCAGAUAAGCAGGCUAGCGGGAGGGCAGGCAGAUGCCAGGGUAUGGCUGACCCCUAGACCACCUGUUGGGUCUUUGCAGGGAGCCAGGACCCCACCCUGCCUGUUAGUAGACUCCACCCUCAGAGGCAGGGGAACCCUAGCCCAGGUUUGGUUGGGAUAGAUAUACCCGGAAAUAGAAGCAGCUCUCUGGGAAAUGGGGCAGGCCAGAGAGGCCAGGGAUGGAGCCUCCCUGGGACUCUGGUUAGGCAGCAGGGCUGGUGAGAGUGCCUGCCCAUGCAGGGCCUCACUGGGUUUGACUAUUCCACCAGUGCCAGAGGGAGCACCUAGCCCUCAGGUGAAGGAAGGCAAGAGGUGUGAAGGCCUUUGGGACUGUAUACUUCCCCGUAUCCUGCCACCAUGAAGGUAUUCCCAGAGAUCUCAGCAAAAUCCCAAGUCUGCCAGGAGUAUGUCAAAGUGCUGGACUUUUGUGUGGUUUUUUUUUUUGUUUUGUUUUUUUUGGUACCAGGGAUCGAACUCGGGCCCCUGUGCUUAUGAGGCAUGCAGUGAAACCACUGAGCCAGAUCCCCGGCCCUGUGUGAUCUUUUAAUCUCCUUCCCCAAGUUUGCAUUUUCCAGAAUACAGUUUCUUAAAAUUUUGCUAUUUUUGAUAUAAGAACUGUUAGCCUCUGAAGUGGUUUUUGCUACCUUGUGACACUCACUGGUGGCCCACUCACCUGGGUGGGUGACUGGGAUGGGUGUUGCUUUGAGUUCUACCUAGCAGCAUUGAAGGCCUCAGGCCAAUUAGAGAAGUGCAAGUUCCGGCAAUACUUGCCACCUGAGAAGUGUGAAUCUUCCUGAGCUACUGUCAGUGACCAUGCAGAUGUCUACAUCCAUCCAUUCCAGAGGCCACGUGGUAAACACACCUUGAUCAUUUCCAGUCCCAUACCCCUCAGGGCCUAGUUUUUGCAAUUGUUCUGGGCUCUGACACCUGGGCAACUCUAUGUUCCUGAACUAGUCUGAGGAUACUGACAGCCAGGCUGUGGCACUGGUACUGUGCAGUGUCAGUACUGACACUGGGUGCGUGGAAAUCAGACCUGGGUGGUGGAAAGUAGGGUUCACCAAUCCUCCCACAGAAUCAGAGUGCCUUGUUCUUGUGGUGACCCAGCCAGCUGCAGGCUUGGUCCAGGCUAGAGCCUUGUACAUUCCCAGGCACUGAUGGUAUUUACUUUGUUACCCAAAACACUGAAAGAACCUAGUAUGGCCCUUAGGUUCCCCCAAAAUGGGCCUUGCAUGAAGCCCCUGGUGUGCAUUCUUUCUCUGGAACUGGAUCUCAGAGGACUUCCUUGUGAGAACUCUCCUGCUGCUGCUGUUGGGGCGAUUCAAGCUCAGAUUUGGCAGAACAAAACGGUACCAGGCUAUUCUUUGAUUUGGCUUCAGCCUCUCCUGUGGCAUGAUGUCUGGCAGGGUGUGAAUGGAGCCUGUGAUGCUUCAGCCAGGGAGCAUGUAGGGCCUGCUACCCAGCCUCCUCUGUGCUGGCCCUUCCCUUCCUGGGCAUUCCUUCCCCCUCCUGCUUCCCCGGCACAGAAGAUGGCCUGCUGCAGAGC